UUGAAUUGAGAGAAAGGUGUGACAUGGGAAAGGUGAAGUACUUUUUCAGUUGUUCUCGGAGCUUGGCGUACAAACACGCUUCGUACAUGGUGCUCUCCACAGAGAGAGAGAGAGAGAGAGAGAGAGAAGAGACGCGAAGCUUCUAGAGCUUGAGAGGGGAUGCGGAAGCUUCUCCACUCCAACCUCUCACGCCGCCUCAAUCAAACCCUCGCCGCCGCUGCCGCCCCCAAAUCCACCGCCGAAACCCUAGCCCUCUUCGCCUCCUCCGCCGCUCCCCCCCGCCACCACCACCUCCUACUCCGCCGCUUCCACUCAUGGCGACCGCCGAGCCACCACCGCGGGCGCCUCCGCCCCCCGACCGGAACCCUAGGUUUCCUCUCCGGAACCAUCCUCUUCAACCGCGCCGGGGCGGCGGCGGCGGCGGCCAGGAGCGCCGUGCGGCGCUCCUCGGCGUGGCAAGAGAUCCGCUCCCUCCUCGUCUCCCUGCAGCGGAGGAGCGGCGCGGGCCACCUCUUCUCUUCGAUCCGGCGAUCGUGGACAUAUUGGAUUCAGUCGCCUGAUGGGGUAGUUCAAUUUCUGAUAGGAACAAAUAUUGCUGUCUUCUUCUUGUGGAGAAUUGCUGAUCCAUUGUUUAUGAGGAAACAUUUUAUGAUUUCACUAGAUAAUUUCAGAAGUGGGCGCCUGCACACGUUGCUGACCAGUGCUUUUAGUCAUUCUGAUCUUGAUCAUCUUGUGACUAACAUGAUUGGUCUUUACUUCUUCGGCUUAAAUAUUGCAAACCGUUUUGGGCCUCAGUUCCUGCUUAAGUUGUACCUCGCAGGGGCGCUUACCGGAUCUGUCUUUUUCUUGGUUCACAAGGCUUUUCUAGUCCCGCCUAAAGCAAGUUAUCGAGGAUGGGAUGAUUCAAGAGUACCUGCACUGGGUGCAAGUGCGGCUGUUAAUGCAAUUAUUCUUCUUGAGGUGUUUUUGUUCCCAACAAGAUUAGUCUAUCUCUAUUUCGUUGUGCCUGUACCUGCAAUGCUAGUGGGUGCUUUGUUGAUUGGAUCGGAUUUGUGGAGGAUUAAGACGGGGCAAGGCCAUGUUUCAGGUUCAGCUCAUUUAGGGGGUGCUUUUGUUGCUGCUCUUGCAUGGGCUAGAAUUAAGAAAGGCUGGUUCUAAUCGGCAACCGGUCAUCAAAAACUCUUUUUCUCCUCUUUCACUUUUUUUUUCCCUUUUUUUAUUUAAAAAAAAUUCUUGUUACUCUGGAAACAAUACUAAUCAAGUAACAAAUUGGAGCUAUUUUUUUUUCCCCAUCUCUUUACUUCUGAAAAUUGAAUAAGCAAAUAGUGUUGAUCUA